UUUUGGUACAGCUUCAGCCACGGCAGCGUGCACUUCGUAGUCAUCUCGACCGAGCACGACCUUCGCCCUGGGUCCAGGCAGUACAGGUGGCUGGAGCGCGACCUGCGGCUGGUGGACCGCUGCUCCACGCCCUGGGUGGUGCUGUCCAUGCACCGCCCCAUGUAUGUGGUGUACCCGCACAAGAGCAACAGAAUCGUGGGGGACCACCUGAGGUGGGCGGUGGGUGUGGUAGAGCAGCUGGAGGGGCUGCUGGAUGAGCACCGGGUGGACCUGGUGCUGAGCGGGCACGUCCACAGCUACAGCCGCACCUGCAACGUGCUGGACGAGCACUGCGUGCCCGCAGACCGCGGCGGCAUGACGCACAUCAUCGUGGGCUGUGCUGGGCGGAAGCUCACGGACGUGUCCCACGCCCAGGAGGAGUGGCUGGAGUACGCGGCGGUACGCUACGGCUACGGCCGCGUCACCGUCAACAGCGGCUUCAGCCUGCUGUUCGAG